AUGCAUAACCUUAGCAAGGAACAGGAAGCGUAUAUUGCUUCUAUUGGUCUGGGGCAUUUGUUGAAUAUGAAAGUGGAUGGGUGUGCAUCAAUUAUGGGGCAUUAUACUGUAAGGAAUUUUGAUGCAGAUAGGAUGGUACUCAACCUUCAUCAUGGUGAUAUACCAAUUAAUCGGCAGGUUAUUCACGAACUAUUGGGUCUGCCUCUGGGAAAUGUUACAAUAAAGUCCAUGGCUUAUAGAGAAGUUACAGACGACACGAUAACUGUUUGGAAGAAACAAUUCGAUGAUGAAGAUAAUAUUAGACCAAGGGAAGUUCAACAAGUUAUUAUGCAAACAACACGUGCAGAUUUACUCUUUAAAGUAAACAUCUUUGUCCUGCUGUGUAAUACACUAGGUCAGUCAAUGAGCAUGGGAACAUGUGACCUGUCCAUGUUAUCAAAAGUCACGAAAGACCUGGAUCUAAGUGACAUCGAUUGGUGUGGAUAUGUUUUUGACUGCCUUAAGGAGAAAAAAAGUGCAUGGAAUCCAAACAGCAAAAAAGGAUUCUAUGUUGGGCCAAUUAUCUUACUGCUGUUGCUAUAUGUAGAAAGUGUUCGAUGCGAUUCAGUGAAGAUUGUACGAGCCAGACCAGCAAUAUGUUUUUGGAAUGUUGAUAAACUGCGUGAGCGAGAAAGAGUAGAGUGUAGGACAAUAGGUAUGGGUAUGGGUGAAUUGCAAGAACCAUUUCAAGUCAUCAAUGAAUCAUCGGGAACUAGUAAUGUAGGUCAAGAAAAAGUUCAGGGAAAUGAUGAAGGAGGUGUGAAAAUUAGUGAUGGAAGGUGUAAGGGAAAUCAAGGAGAGGGAAUUUUUAGUGGAAGUGGGGAAAGUGUUGAGACAACUAUUUCAACAAUAAAGGAGAUGCACGACAUGCUAGUGCAGCAAAAGAAAGUGUCGGAAGACAAAAUAAAUGAUGCUGUCAAGAAAUAUCCUGAGAAUCAAUUGGUCAAAGAAUGGAAAAACAAAGUAAAUGAUUUGUUUAAUGAAGUUUCCACAUCAGAGGAACCAGAACAAUCUCAAUGGUGGUAUGAUAACGAGGCUGAAAUUGAACGUACACUGAUUCUAGCAACAUCUCACAAACAGUUUGACAACUCCCCGAUAGCAAACUGUAGUAUUCAGAUGUCAAAGGAAUAUGAAGACUUCGUGAAUAGAUCUGGAAGAAAAUCUUUUCAGACUACACCACCAUCUAAAAUGGAAAUGCCAAUUCCUUUGUCUGUAGUACCAUUCAACAAUGAAGAAAAGGGGUUUAAUAGAAGAUGGUACAGGCCUCGCAUGAAAUCCGAAUAUCUGAAAUCUCCUUACAUUAUACGGGCUGUUGAUAUCACCAAAGGAGUUCCACGACAAGAAAAACGUGUAGCAGAAUGGAUAUUCUCUCUCUAG